AUGGAAGUUUGGUUACCAGUAACAACUGCUUCUAACAUACUAGUUUCCAAUAUUGGACGCAUCAAGAACCGAAAAGUUGCGCGAGCAUUUAUCCCUAACCCAGAGAAUAAGCCCCAUGUUAAUCAUAUCAAUGGUAUCAAACAUGAUAAUCGAGCUGAUAAUUUGGAAUGGUUAACUCCUAAAGAGAAUGCCGAACGUAGGGUAUUCCCAAAUCACGGCCGUAUCGGAUCCAGAAAAAUUGUGCAGAAAACAUUAGACGGAAAUGUUGUUCAGAUUUGGGAUUCUAUCCGUCUUGCCAGUAAUACACUCAAAAUUUCAGAAACUUGCAUUUCAGAAUGUUGUAGUGGGAAGCAAAAAACUUCUGGUGGCUGGCGUUGGAUGUAUUAUGAAGAUCACAUAGAACCCGGUCCAAACGAGGAAUGGAGAGAAAUAGAGCUUGAUUCGCGAAAAUUCAGAGUUUCAUCUCUCAGAAGAAUUCAGUUAACAAAUGGUGAAAUCACCCAAGGUUCAUUGCAUAUACGUAGGUUAUCGAAAAAUCGCUCGAGAGGGAUAUCUUGUUCAUCGCUAGCAUUUUGUCCUAAAGAAGAAGGAAAAGAAUAUGUAAAUCAUAUUGACGGGAAUCCUACCAACAAUCACGCAUCCAAUCUCGAAUGGUGUACACGGAAAGAAAACACUCAACAUGCUCAGAUUUUUGAUGAUGUAUCUUUCCAAGAAUUUCCAUCAAUAGCUGAAGCACGACGUGUUACUGGAAUUAAUAAUAUCUGGAAGGUAUGCCAAGAGCUUCAGGCUCAUGCUGGAGGAUUUCGUUGGGAAUAUAUGAAUAAUGGUACCUGA